AUUAAAUUUACUUAAGAUGUAAAAGGAGUAACAGGAGAUUUCUUACAUUUGGGAGGAUAUGUAUUUGUCAAUCCGUAAGAUAAUUAUUCAUUAAUUAUAGAGAUAACACUUGCGAAAUCAAUUUAUUAGAUGUUGUUGAUAGAAAAGAAGCAAAAGUAGAUCAAUUUGAUAAAGCAGACGUAAAAGAUGCAGAUACAGUUGCAGGAAGAUAUGCUGGAAAAAUAAGGAGAGCUGCAUAACGUACAUUUAUUAAAAAAGCAACAGCAUGA